UACAAUAAACAUAGUCUAUUUACGUGUAUAGUGUUUGCUUUUGCUUUUGUAGAAUGUUUUGUCAGCGUUGUCAGCAUUCGUUACGUAACUGCGAGGGCAUCAAAUGUAGCAGUUGCGAUGCGAAGUUCCACCCACGCUGCAGCGGUGCCAGCGAGCAGCAGCUGGAGCUGGAAGGCGGCGACCGGCGCCGCGCCUGGCGCUGCGCCGCGUGCAAGCAGUCCCCCGGUCAUGCGCACUUAUCGUUUCCCAACCUCAGCGCGCUCCUCGCCGCUCUGAACAACAUUGCCGACAAAUUCGAGUUGGUGAAUAAGAUACAAUUGCCAAAAUUAAACAACGACUUGUCUCAAAUGAAAUUAAUAACGGAAAAAAUCGUAAAACAAAACGAGCAGAUAUUACAUAAGUUUGAGGAAUUGCGCAAGCGGCAGGCUGAGGUUCGAAGUUCGCAUCGCGGACACAGGCGGCGGGACGUGACCCUGUCUCCUCGCAGGGCGGAGGGCAAGGGGCCGACGAGCGUGAGCGCGGCUGGUUCGGCGGACGCGGAGGGCGCGGGGGGCGCGGGGGGAGGGGUGGGUGCGAGCGAGCUGCGCGCGCGCUACCGGACGCGCCGGCGAGCCUACCCCCUCCACAACAUGUUUCUUAUGCUCAACCGCUCGCUGUACACCACCAGGCGAAAAGCGAAGCGGUGA